ACAACUGCAGCACAAUCUGCACGCAAGACCAGCAGCGCGGCUAUCAAAGAGGUGGAGAAGCAGCACUGCGACCUGAUUAUUCUCUCCGCGCUGGACGAGAUCGCGUGGCUGACAAACCUGCGCGGUGGUGACGUAGACCACAACCCCGUUUUCUACGCUUAUGCUGUCAUUGACAAACACCGCGCGAAAGUGUGCCUCUACGUGAACCUGGACAAGGUCACCGACGUUGUGCGCCAUGCGUGUGAGGAUCACAUCGAAUUCUGUCCGUACGAACAAUUCGAAGCAGACCUCAAGAAGCUGCCACAGGGCCGCAAGGCGCUCGUCGACGAGCGCCAGACCAGCGAGGCCGUGUUCCGCAUAUUGAAGCAUGUCGGCAUCGAGAUGGUCCGCGUCGUUUGCGGCCCGGCGCAGAAGUUGAAAGGGAUCAAGAAUGCGGUCGAGCUUAAGGGCUUCCGCGACUGCCACGUGGACGGUGCCGCCCUGACGCGCUACCUCGCCUGGCUGCACGACCAGGUUGCCAACAAGGGUGUGACAGACCUAAACGAGUACGACGUGGCCACGAAGCUCGAGGAGUUCCGCGCCCAGGAGGAACACUUUGUGCAGCUCAGUUUUGCUUCCAUCUCGUCGAUCGGCCCUAACGGAGCAAUGUGCCACUAUCAUCCUGCCGAGACGGGUUCUGCCAUCCUUCGCAAAGACCAGCUGUACUUGAUCGACAGUGGUGCUCAGUACUGGGACGGCACCACCGAUGUGACGCGCACCGUCUGCUUUACACCGCCGAGUGAUGAGCAGCGGGAGGCCUACACUCUUGUGCUCAAAGGGCACAUUGCGCUUAACAGCAUUGUCUUCCCAAAGGGCACCAGCGGUGUCCGUCUCGACACCCUGGCGCGAAUGGCGCUCUGGAGCGUGGGACUCGACUACGCCCACGGCACCGGGCACGGCGUGGGCUCUUUUCUCAAUGUGCACGAGGGCCCUCACGGGAUCGGCAUUCAUCCAGUUGCCACCGAAGCGAAGAUUGAGCUGCACUCCAUCGUGUCGAACGAGCCUGGCUACUACAAGGACGGCCACUACGGCAUCCGCAUUGAGAACCUCGAGGAGGUGGUCGAGUGUCGGACCAAGUACAGCCCGACCGGCUUCUACACCAUGUCUCACCUCACGAUGGUGCCUCUGUGCCGGGACCUCAUCGAUACGAGCCUCCUCACAGAGAUGGAGCGCGCCUGGGUAGACCGCUACCACGCCAAGGUAGUAGCGAACAUCAUGCCUCACCUGCAAAAGGCGGGCGACCAGAACGCCAUCGAGUACCUCAAGUACCACGCGCAGCCUCUCUGA